AUGAUCCUCCCCAAUGGGGCCUUUGAUAUGAGCCACGGCACGCCGGUGCUGCUGUUCAGCCCGGCGGACCCGCUGGCCGGGCACCGGCUUUCCAAUACGUCCUCCUCCGCGGCAUUGGCCGUUGCGGUGGCCGCCGCCACCGAGGCCGGGUAUCUGACACACGCCCCUGGCGGCCCGCCCGGCGGCCGUGGGCCCUAUGUCCGCCCCGGAGCGGAGGGCCCUUUCCAUGACUUCCCCCCGCAGCAUCCCGGCCACCACCAUGCGCAUCUUCCACAUCACCAUGCACAGUCGCAGCCCCAUGCCUCCGGCCACCACCACCACCACCACCAUCACCACCACCACCCACCGCCGAUGGACAUGGGCUCCUCGCGCGCGGGUGUCCCACGGCCGGCCUUUGCCGCCCUGCCCGUGGAUCUGGCUUCCGGCGCUCCUCCACCCGGCCAGUCGGGCAUGUAUGGGCUGGCCGCCACGCCGCCAUCCUCCGGGCGAGCUUCCUCCUCGUCACCUGCCACCAUGGCCUCGGAUUCGGACACCGGCCUCAGCAGUGACGAGUUCCCGGCCGCCAGCUUCGGCACAUCCUACACCGGCGCCCCUCAGCCGGAAAAGCACCUCCUGUCAAUGCCACCCAGCUCGGCUGUCGGCCAUGACGAGCAUCACAGCCAUCCGGGAGUCGGGCUCCCCCCGCAGGCGGGCUACCCACCAUCCGUGCAGUAUGCGCAGCCCCGGCACCAGCAGCAUCCGCAUUUCCCCCCCGGCCCGGCAUCCUACCCCGACCGAGGUCCCCAUCAGCAGCUGCACCCGCCGCACCCUCCCACCUACCAGGGCUCCUAUCAGUCGGGCAUGGCCUCGAGCGGGCAACUUCACCACGGCGCCCCGUAUCACGCCCACCAUCCCCAUCCCCACUCCCAUCCCCACUCCCAGCACCAUCCCCACCAUCACCAGCAGCAGCCCCAGUCGCACUUGCAUUCGCAGCCACUGCCACCGCCACAGCAGCAGCAGCAGCAGCAGCCGCACCCCUAUGACCAUGAUCGGUCGGCGCAUGUCCCCUUCCCUCCAGGGGCGUCUGGGGCUCCCAGCGGCCCGGGCAGUGCCGCAUCUUUGCACCAUCAGCCCAGUGACCUCGACGCCUUUGCCGGGGUGGAUCACUUUUUCCGCCUGACACAUCACCAGGAUCCCCAUGCGGGGCCUGGCAGCGGGCAUGGGAGCUUUGUGUCGGGCUCGACCGCCGGUCCCGGAGCCGCUCUCGAUGUCUCUUCCUCGCCGGAUACAACGCACUUCGGCUCGACUUCCUCCUUUUCCGAAGGGUCCGACCCUCGGUAUCCGAGCGCUUCGCCUCCCCGUGGGCCGGACUUCGGUGCCCACCAUCCCCCCUCCCACCACCAUGCGCAUCACCAAUCUCCGCAUGGGACGAUGUCGACACCGGCGGCAACACACCUGGACCAGCCUCUGCCCUUCGUCGGCCCGACGGAGCUCACCACCUCGCAUGGUCCCAAGCAUCUGGCCAUCGGGGCAAGUGCGCCGGUGGCUCGCCACUCGACCGAAGAUGUGCAGCAGUUUUUCACCGACGACCCGUCUUCCAGCGAGGUGGAGCCCGCGGCCACGGUGCCAGGGGUUUCCGCUGCCCCGGCACCCAAUCCCUUCCCGGCCCCGGUGGCGGUGCUCACCACCGGCGUUGGUACUUCCGCCCCCGUGGCCCCGGUGGCGACCCUGGCGCCGCCAAUCGAGCCGACUCGGCAGCGCUCCCUCUCCUCUUCGCCUCCGGCCACCGCGGUCCCGACGGCCCCGACGACGGCCCCGACGGCCCGGCAGCGUUCUUCCUCUCAACGAGCGCCAUCGCCAACGGCCACCUCCGGUCCCAAGGCCGACCCGGUGCUCGCCCCGGCCGAUGAAGUGGCCGCGGUGACCGCCGCGGCCAAGGCCGCUGUUGCGUCGGCGAGCGCGGCAGCGGCCAAGGCCGCAUCCAUGGCAUCGGGGUCUGCCCCGACAGCCGGGGGGGCUCGUGCUGGUGGCCCUUCGGCCUCCGGCAGCCGUGCCUCCCCUCCGGGCGACGAGUCCGAUGAUGAGCCUGCCGCGCGGGAUGCCUCACGCACGGCCAAGAAGUCCGCCCACAACAUCAUCGAGCGUCGGUACCGGCUAAACAUCAAUGAGAAGAUCUCCGACCUGCGGGAUUUGCUGCCCCUCUUUCCGCCGGCGGCGGCCGGGUCCUCGCUGUCCUUGAGCCCGGCCACCCUGGACCAGCUUGGCGCCCGGGGGCCUUCGCCCAAUCCCGACGCCAUUGGUGUCACUGUGGAGAAGAUGAACAAGGGCAAGGUCCUGAAACGUGCCACGGACUACAUUCUCCUGCUGCAGGCCCAGCUGGCUGCCUUGCGGGCGGAAAAUGCCCGGCUACGGGAUGUGGCCCUGUCGGUGCCCGGUGGGGCUGGUGCCGCGGCCCGGGUGCCACCCACUCCCUUGGUGAUCACCCUGGAAUUGUUGGAUGCCGCGUCUACCGGGCAUUUGGAUUUGACAAAUCUCACCCUCUUGGAUCGGCCCUUGAGCCCGGGGGCCGCGACGGGCAGUCGCGAUGGGACCCCCUCCACCGGCAUGGCUCCGGCCGGGGUCGCUGGCGGUGGGUCCGAUGAGGAUGACGAAUCCGGGGCUCUGGCCUUGGCCGUCACGCGCGCCUCCUUCGCGACCGGGGCCCGUCGAGCCGGGGCCACCGACGACUCGGAUUCCGAUCGCGAGGACGACGACGAGGAGGAGGACGAACCGGCCGCCCGGCGAGCCCCACGCGCGCGUGCCCCCACCGCCAAGCGUUCACGCAGUCGCAGCGCCUCGGUCUCCUCGACUCGGGGUCCGGUGGCGGUGGCGUCCACGUCAGCGGCCGGGACCGCCAAGCGUACACGCACGGGGGGGACUCCGGCGGCUGGCUCGGCGGCCGGAGCGCCUGCCAUUGGUGCCGAGGCCACUCGCGUUGUGCUGAUGUUCUCCUUUUCCAUUCUCUUUGUCUUCCAGCCGUCCCUCCUGACGGGCUGGCUCCAGGGAACGGCCACCGGCACCGGGGCCCCGACCGGCAGCGGUGUGGCAACUUCCCCGGGCCCCAAUGCCGGGGCGGCUCUCCUGCCAGCGGGCAUGGUCUUCGCGCCGAUUGUCUCGCCGACAGCGGUCCCGCCGGCUGCUCAGCCCGCCGGCACUCCGGCGACGGGCACGGCGGCGGAAGCCGCGGCAGCCACCGGCACCCCGGUCUCGGCGGAGGCCGCGUCCGCCACGACCUGGAUCCCCGCUGCCCCGGCACCGCCUCCCCCUGGGGCCUUCGCCCAUGCGGCCCAGCCGGUUGGGCCCCCGCUGCCGACGGCCAGCCGGCCCCGGGCGAAUAUCUUGCUCCGGAUUCUGGCUCGCGGGUCGGACUUGGUGGCCGCCGGAUGGUGGAUGAUUGUCCGAGCCACGAUUGCCUAUGCGGCGGUGGUGCUCUUUGUGUCGAUUGGCCAUGCGGUGGCGGGCUUGGCACCGGCGCACGCGCCCGGCCGUGCGCUCGGUCGCGGUGGCCUGGUUCGGGCGCUGCGCCGCCGGGCUGGCAGUGUGGCCAAGCUCUUGGCUGUGAAUGACAUCCUGGGCAUGGCCCCCCUGUCGGCCAAUGCCGGGGGCAGUGCCGCCGGUUUGAGCAACCGCCUGUCCGAUCAACUCUGGCAGUCGGCCGGCGGGGCGGAUGCCCCGGGCCCGGCGGCCGGAGCCGCGCGUCUCCACCAUGCCCGGGCGUUGGUGGCAGCGGCUGCCAUCACCCCGGACCGGCAGCAGCAGCAGCAGCAGCAGCAGCGGUCUCCCGGCACCGGUGAUCGUCGGGUGCUGCUCUUGCAUCGGGCUCGACUGGCCUUGCAUGAAGCCCUGGCGCUCGCCGGGCGCCCGGAGCCCGGGUCCUUCGUGGACUCGGCGGCCUUGCUGGCUUGGGAGAGUCUCCGGCAGCUGGCACAUGCCACGGUGCCGGGCGCCGCGUGGCUUGACCGUGAGCUGGCUCGGUGGUCGGUCGCCGGCCGGGCGGCCCUGCUGGUGCGUGCGGAUGCCAGCCGCGCACUGGUUGAGUUGGACUUGGCCUUUGGCGGUGGCAUCGGCCUGCCGGCUGGGGCUGCAUUCGACCCGUGCAGCGCCUGCCUGACGGCCAUCGGCGGCGACUUCAGUGUGGGCAUCUCGGCAGCGACGACGGCCGCCGCGGAGGCUCUCUGCUCGCGGGAGGAUUGCUCCUUGGCGGCGGCCGGGGUCCCGGUUCCGGGCAUCCUGCCGCCUGGGGAGAUCGCUCGCCGGCGGGUGGACCGCCUGCGCAUGGCUUUGGCGGCGGUCAACGCCGCGGAGGCCUUGGCUCUGGCCCCGCGAGCCAUGGGCGAGGUGUAUACCAUGGCCGGGAUGGCCAUGCAUGCCAGUGUGCCUCCGCGGCUGCGGGUUCUGGCGCGAUUCUUCCUGCGCCAGGCACGCGGCCAGUUGCUGCCGCUUCAGGCGCGUGCCGCGGCCGCAUCGCCCUUUGCCACGAGUGUGGCUCCGGGCCCGGCGGCCGGCCUGGCGGCUCUCUGCGAUUCGAGCCUCUCCCUGGCGUCGGUGGCCGCGCGCAUUGGCUCCGAGCUGGCAUGGCUGGCCGAGCCUCGUGCCCGGGCUCUCUUCUAUGCUCAUGCCACGGAUGCUGUGGCCGCCGGGGCCCUGUCCACGCCGAUCGCCCUGCCGUCUCUCAUGGCGGAUGCCAUCACGGCGCUGGUCGGGCCGCCGGGUGGUCCCUUUGCGGCCGACAUGUCGACCCCGGGCAGUCGCAGUCCCAGCCCGAUUCCCGGGGAUAUGGGUCCCGGCGGCCACUCGGCCGGUGGCGUUUUGGCCAGCACGGCCAGCGCCGCCGGGGCCAUGCUUCCGGAUGUGUGGCAAUCCUUCGAGGCGCUGUGCGCGCCGGGGGUGCAAACUGCCUCGCCGGCGGCCCGGUUUGCGGCCCUCUGGCGUGGCCAGCGUCUGGCUGAUCUGCUCUUCAGCCUGGCCUCGCGCACCGCCUCGGACCCGAGUUACCUGUCGCAGCUGCGUGUGGCCCUCGGGCCUCAGGCUGCCGAUCCGUUGGCCAUCGCCGAGCAUGAGCUCGAGGAGCUGGCCUGGGCCGCGUGUUUGGUUCGCGAUGCGGACUCCCUUCGGGCCGCCGCUCGUGGGGCGCAUGAUGGGAUCACCUUCUCCUGGGCGACGGCCGCCCGGUCGGCCGGUGCCUUGGCCCUGGCUCGACUGGCUGGUCGUCACCCCCACCUGGUCUCGGUGGUGGGGGACCUGCGCGAUGUGUCCCUCGAUCCGGACGGGUCCUUGGGGCCGCUGCUGCGCCAGGCAUCCGUGCUGCUGGCCCGGUCCCGGGCCGAUGGCAAGCCCGACCCCUCCAAGGACAGCUUGGCCCCGUGGAUGUGCGUGGUGCUGGCCGUGGCGGCCGAGUCGCUGGUGCUGCGAGGCCGCCCGGGCGACGCCACGGAUCUGAUCACUGCCUUGUCCGGGUACCUGCUUCGUUCGGACCGACCGGGCGUGCCGGAGGGCGCCCCCGCGACCACGACCACAGCCACGGCCAUGGCGGCCGCCCCGGACGCACGUCUCGUGGCGGCCGGGCUACUGGCGCGCUAUGACGCGGCUCAGCGCCUGCUCUUGACGCAUUUGGACCUGCUGGUCGCGGCACGCGAGCCGGGGUCCUCGGCCGAGCCACUGGCCGGGCGCCUGGCGGCCGACUCGUCCGUGGUGUUUGAUGCCCUGCGCGCGGCUUCCGUGGCGCUGGAUGUCUUUGCCCUGCGUUCGCCCCUGGCGCCGCGUGUCAUGCCGCCGCCGCAAAUGUCCUCGCCCAAGCUUCACACCCCGGCGCCCACGUCGUCGGUCCUGUCGUUGACCUCCUCGCUGGCCUUCGACAGCCCUUCGCUGGCGGCUUUCUCGCACGGUCCGGCGGUCCGGGCGUCCCGCGUCCCGGGCCGUGCGCCCGACUGCCUGGGGGUUGGCUUUGUCCGGCCUCCCUCGCAAGCGCGUCUGCUGCUGGUGGCCCGGGCCACGCUCCGGGCCUUGUCGCAGUCGGUGCCGGUGGCCGGUGCCAAUGAGGCGGCCACCGCGGCGGCCGCCGCCCCGGGGCACCAACAGCAGACGGCCCUGCUCCUGUGGAAGUCCAUCAGCCCGGCGCCGGAAACGGCGGUCGGCACUUCCUCCUCGCAGGAGGACAUUGUUGCGGCCGCCGGGAGCGCCAUUGCCCUGGAGUUUCUGUCUGACCUCCCGGAUGCUGCCGCGGCUUCUCCGGCGGUGGUUGUCUCUUCCGCCCGGCCUGCCGGGGGGGUGGUGGUCGAGCAGGCAAAGGAUGCCGCCUCGGCUGGCGGGGAUCGGGCCAUCGGCGCCACUCGCGGGGGUCUUUUCCGCCGGCGGGGUGUCCCGGCUUCGGGCUCCGGGCCUCAGCUGUGGCUGACCCACCGUGUCAUGGAGUAUGCCCGGCACUUCGAUGCCGGGCUGACUUCCUCCCUGUGA